AUGAUUGAGGUGAGCGAGUCCGUCGAGCUCUCUUGUUCGCACAAGACCGUCGGGGAUAUGCCGCCCGUUGAGCCGGUGGCCGGCUACAAGCGAGCGUGCACGUACAGAAUGAGAGGCCUUUGCGCAGAACACCGAUGCACUCGAUUUGAGCACGUAACUAAUGAGUCUGUCCCGGGCGAUGAAGUACGAAUACCCAUACAACAGCAGGAUCUGUACACUUUACCGUGCGAAAGCGCUCUAUACGUGGAGGGAAAAUUGUCCGAUAAGGCAUCGACGACGACGAAUCAGACGUCGAAACAUGCGAGCAACUGCGUCGCCUUCAUGUUCGAGGAGAUACGUUACGAGCUCAAUGGCGUAGAGAUCGAUAGAAAUCGUAACGUUGGAAUAACCAGCACGAUUAAGAAUUACAUUUCGUUGACCUCCAACGAGCUCGAUAUAUUGCAGAACGCUGGAUGGGGUGAGCCAAACGUUUCCGAUAGCGGUUCUUUCAGCCUGUGCGUCCCCAUGAGAAUAUUAUUAGGCUUUUGCGAGGAUUACAAACGCGUGGUGGUGAACGCUCGACACGAACUUAUUUUGAUACGCGCGCGCAACGAUAACAAUUGCAUCGUAGCGACAGCGAGUGCUAAGAAUCCUAAAAUCGUUCUUUCGAGGGUGCAAUGGCGAAUGCCGCACAUUGUGUUGAACGACGUUAACAAAUUGUCGCUUUUGCGAACACUGGAGAGCGGACGAUUUUUAAGCGUUGUAUUUCGCUCGUGGAAUCUGUAUGAAUUUCCUUUACUGCAGAGCACGACCAAGCACUCGUGGGCUGUAAAAAUCACGGCGCAACUAGAGAAACCGCGAUACGUUAUCUUUGCGCUACAGACUGGACGAAGAAACGUGUUGACAAGCGACUCUUCGACUUUCGAUCAUUGCAAGCUCACCAACGUAAAACUGUAUUUGAAUUCAGAUUUCUAUCCCUAUGAUGAUAUGAAUCUGGAUAUAGAUAAUAAUAAGUUUGCUAUACUGUGCGACAUGCAUGCAAAAUUUCAGAGAUCGUACUAUGGACGAAAGCUCGAUGAUGCGUAUCUAAAUGUACAAUCAUUCAUAACGUCCGGCCCAUUCGUAGUGAUUGAUUGCUCUCGUCAGAACGAGGCUGUGAAGAGCGCCACUGUGGACAUUCGCGUAGAGUUUGAAUGCAAGGAUAACGUUCCAUCCGACACCACAGCGUAUUGUCUUAUCAUUCAUGAUAAAGUCAUUCAGUACAGCCCGUUGACGAACGUCGUACGCAAGAUUGUGUAG